GAAAGAGAGUAAGUCACAGAGAGAGUGAGGGAGUUGCUGAGUGAGAUAGAGCUACACCCAGUCACAGAAAGAGAGACAGACACACACACUGACACACUCCUACAAAAAGACAUAGAUGCACACACAGAAAGACACAGACAGACACUGAUACCCAGAUUGGGACUCUCAGACACAUAGGGAGAAGCUGCUGUACUGAUAGAGAUAUUCAUAUGCAAAGGCACAGAUAGAGACACAAAGUCACAGAGACGGACAAAGAUAAAGACGCAAAUACAGAUAGACAGCUACACAAUCUCUCCAAGAGAGGCCGGAGCAUGACGACUGUUUUGCCACCAAGCGAUGACAACUGUGAUGCCUACACCUUCUUGAGCCGCCCAAGAGCUCUCAACCAAAAGAGGAAAUACAGGGCUGGUGUGCCACCACCUCAUUGUGAACCACCAUGUUUUGGAAAUAUAAUGUAUGAUAAAAGGGUUGUACGAGGAACUACGUAUGGUCAGCAUAUGCUUCCGCUGUCAGCAAAUCCUGAUCCCAUUGAGAUCCAAAGGCAGCAAGAGUCUCAGAGGAGGGCAAUUGCCAGAAGACGAGCCAAAGCACAACUUCGACCAGCUACACCAGAACCAGUGAUUGGGAGGCAACACUCAGAGAUACAAACAGAGUUAUAUCUAGAGGAGCUCAGCGAUCGAAUAGAAGAAGUUGAUAUGCAUACUCAAACAGAUGCAUUCCUGGAUAAACCAUCAACACCGCUCUUUAUUCCUGCAAAGUCAGGAAAGGAUAUAGCUACUCAAAUUCAAGAGGGAGAGCUUUUUGACUUUGACGUUGAAGUGAGUCCAAUGUUAGAGGUACUCGUGGGAAAGACUAUUGAACAAGCUCUGCUGGAAGUAAUGGAAGAAGAAGAGCUGACUAACUUACGUGCUCUGCAGCGUGACUUUGAGGAGCUUCGAAAUGCAGAGCUUGCAGAGGUACAACGUAUGGAGGAGAAGGAGAGACGGCAUAGAGAAGAAAAGAAACGUCGCAUUGAACAACAGCAAGCCGUGCUAAUGAAGGAGAAGGAGAGUGCAGAAAAGAUUGCAGCCCGUGCAUUUGCUCAACAGUAUUUAGCUGAUCUGGUUCCUGCAGUCUUCACUACACUUCGGGAUAAUGGCUUCUUCUAUGAUCAUGUGGAACGAGACGUAGAGAAAGAAUUCCUUCCUUGGCUGAUGAAACAGGUGCAGCAUAGCAUGGGUCAAGAAAUUCUGGGAAGAACGAUAUUGGACAUGGUAAUUCGUGAAAUAAUGAAGACUAGAAAAGUGAAUUUCAAGCCGGUGCAAGUUGAUCAACCAGUUCAAGCCUGAGGAAGAAGUGUACUUUGGGUAAAGAAUAAAUCCCAGAAAUCAACAACAUGAUGCUCCUUAACCAGUUUUUGUUUUAAAUAAACUAUCGAACUUGUGAAGAAAAUGGUAAUGUGACAUGUAAAUCUAUUGUAUAAGUUAGUAUUUUGUUCACCUACUUGUGUUUAUUCUAUGCAACCUGGCAAGAAUUUUAAUUUUCAGAUAUCAACAUCAGGUUUCUUGCUUUGGAGAUUACUUUAGUGAAAUUAUAAAAAGACCGGUAUCAGGAUUUUUUUCUCUUUUUCAAAGUACUGCAUGCUAAAAUGUCAUAGGAAGCAAAAUAUUUGUUUUGAAAUGCUUUAUAAAAGUACAAGCGUAUGAAAAAAAUAUGCCACAUGUGUUGUGAGGUUUUACAAACUUUCUGCUGUGUAUUGCCUCUAGAUGUCACUUUUGUUUAAUUUCAUGAAACCUAUUUACAUUAGGUAGUAUGCCAGCUGAGAAAAUCAUGUAUUUUAAUUUCUCUUCCCUCUUUGACAUAUAUGAGGGAGAUUAUAAGAUUACACCAGUGGCCAUUUAGUGAUCUUAAUGCUUUUCAUAACCUUAAACACCUUCAAAGGAUUUUAAUUGAACUGGAACUGGCCUCCUGUCUUUAGCCACUUGGAUUUUAUUGAAAAUUGGUACAGUUGGAUCACAUCUGUAAACCUUAUGUGGUGGGAUCCCAACUUGUGUCUAGCAACUUAUUGGAUUUUUGCCAAAUACGAUAAAACAUUUUUUCUAGUCAGACGCAUGUGCCCUUUUGAUGUUGUUUGACCUUGCUGGAAACUACAUAUGUAUUUAUGUUGCUCAUAUGCAUGGAAUUGUAGAAAUGACUACUUACCAGAUACUCAAUUAAUUUAAAAGUUAUCAUGACUAAA